UUUACCCGAGGAAAGGCAAAGUGCGCUCAGAACAGAAGCCACAGCUCCUCCUGCGGCAGUUCUUUCCUGUCGUGAAUCCCACACUACACAAGAUGUGCAAAGGACUUGCGGGUCUGCCGGCUUCUUGCUUAAGGAGUGCCAAAGAUAUGAAGCAUCGUCUAGGUUUCCUGCUGCAGAAGUCAGAUUCCUGUGAACAUAAUUCUUCACACAGCAAGAAGGACAAAGUGGUGAUUUGUCAGAGGGUGAGCCAUGAGGAAGUAAAAAAAUGGGCUGAAUCACUGGAAAACCUGAUUAGUCAUGAAUGUGGGCUGGCAGCUUUCAAAGCUUUCUUGAAGUCUGAGUACAGUGAGGAGAACAUUGACUUCUGGAUCAGCUGUGAAGAAUACAAGAAAAUCAAAUCACCCUCUAAACUAAGUCCCAAGGCCAAAAAGAUCUAUAAUGAAUUCAUAUCGGUCCAGGCAACCAAAGAGGUAAACCUGGACUCUUGCACCAGAGAGCAGACAAGCCGGAACAUGCUGGAGCCCACGAUAACUUGCUUCGAUGAGGCUCAGAAGAAGAUUUUCAACCUGAUGGAAAAGGAUUCAUACCGCCGCUUCCUCAAAUCUCGAUUCUACCUUGACUUGGUCAGCCUUUCCAGCUGUGGGUCAGAGAAGCAGAAAGGAGCAAAGAGCUCCACGGACUGCCCUUCCCUGGUCCGCCAGUGUGCCUAGCUCUCACUCAGCAGUGGGAGGCUGAGAUGCCAAGACUCUAUGCCCGGAAAACCUGAGGCCACAUGUUGACCUUCAUUAAGCACCAGUGCUUUUUCCACCUUGCAGUCUAGUGUUCACGCUGCUGGCUAUGUGUGAGUCACUCCCAUACAAAAACUAGGUUACAUUUCGGUGUUCAUCAGGGCAGGACCUCAUCCCAGUCCAGUUGUCUCAGAUUUCUUUUGGUGUGCCAUGUGAGCAGAUAUCUGGAUAAUGGCCUUGUGGGUCUGGAUUCAAAGACUUGGCCGUUCUCUCCUGCCAACAGUGUGACCUCAGCUAGGUUGGUGAGCGGUUGGUACACAUCACGUGACAUCCACAGGCACAUGUGUUCUGUUAACCAGUCUUGAGAUGUUUAGAUGGGGCUGAUCUGUUUUAUGUAUCUCUGUGUGUGCAUGUGUGUGUAUAUAUAUGUAUAUGUAUAUAUACACAUAUAUAUACAUACCUGCAGCCUGUAUAUAUGUAUGCAUGUAUACAUACAUAUAUAUUUCUGCAAGAAUAGACAAGAGAGACCCUAGGUGCUCAUAACUAGACUGUGUGAACAUACUUACAUGCAUGUUCUGAUCCCCUGUCUUUCACUCUGCAACUGAACAGAGCAAAAUAAACCAGCUGCCCUGCAGGCUACAAAAGGAAUGCUAACCUGUGGAAAGUUGAUUCUGUAAAACUCCGUGAGUCUUGCUGGAGAAGCAUGGACUUCAUGCUUCAUUUAACCACCGACAGCUUCCAAGUUGGAUAGUAUUCUAAGGAGCGAACAUAAAAAAUGUUGUGCCUGUUUGACACAGUGCUGUCUUUGGCUGGUUGUCACUAGCGGCACCUUUGAACCCCCGGGCUGCUGGCCUCCCCUUCUUUGCCUGGGUGCUUGAUGCAUAGUAGCAGCCAGGUUGGUGUGGAGUUGGAGGAGGAGUGCUUGAACUGAAUGAAGAAACAGAGGUAAAGCCUUGCCCGCUCUACCUACUAUAGAAUGCUGGUUUAUUACGGGCACAGAAUUUAAAGGUUAAUGUUCUUAUGCCCUACUCUGUUUUCCUCUCUUGAUUAAGGUGCUCUUCUCAUUUUGUUUUUCCCUGAGAACUUUAGCCAUUAGAUGAAGCUCCUUAAUUCAUUGUGGUUGUUUUUUCCCCCAUAAUGGCUCUAGGCUAUAUACUUGUUCCUUAUAAACCAGCAUCAGGGGAAAGAUUACAUUUUAUAAGGGGUGGACAUGUUUUCACAAACUGAAAAGCCCGCAUAAAUUUCUCUUUUGAAGAUGGAAUCUGGCUCAUUGAAUCCCAGACAUCAGGACUAACAGGGGCUGAAAGCAUUUCAUUUUAGGCUCUGAGAUGAAAUGAGAGAGAAAAGGGAUAAAAAAAAAAGGAGAUCAAUUUUAAACUACUGUUUAGAAUUUUCCAAGGCACAUGAAAUACUUGAAAAUGUCUCAUUUAUGUUAUUUAUGAUGUUUUGUAUAAUGUUUUUAUUAUUGUAUUGUUUUAUAAACGGAGGUGCAAGAUAUCACCUGAAUUAUUAAUGAAUGGCCAGGAAGUAAUUUUCUUCUCAUUCUUCUAAAAUUACUGCCUUUGAAGUGCACACAUAUGCAUGCAUGAACACUGCACUGAUUCUUCCGGUAUAACUUACAAACAUGGACACAUUUGUGAUUUUUAAGCCAAUAGACUGGGCUAUAAAAUGAAGACAUUGAAGUGUGUGUAUAGAAGUCUCUUGUAUUAAAUUUAUAGGUUUCCCUUUCUGUAUCUCUAGCAGAUUUGCUUUCCAUGCCUCCAGAGUUCCUCAUCAGUGUCUCUUUCUGUUAUACACAUUUCCACACUUUGUCUCUAAUUAACUCCAGGAUCCAAAUGUGUAACUCUAUUGGUCUUGCCCUAUUAGAACUGUCAUGAUCUUCAGAUUGUUAUCUGUACGCACAGACUGCUGUCUCACCAAUAGGUCUGGAAGGUCAUUCUGAAUGAGAAGUAAAUUAUUUUAUGUAAUACAUUUCUCAAGUGUGUUUUUCCAUUGCAUUUCCUCCUUAUUUCAUCACUAUUUGGCAUGCUGAGCUUACCGGCUCAUGGUCCACGGACAGAAUACUCCUUCCAUGUGCAUGCCUGUUUUUAUCAUCGUGUGCUUUAAUGGCCUCAGAGUAGAUACUUCCAGUGAAACACACACAACUUAAUAAUAAGGGUAAAUAAAUACUUCAUGCAAAACUAUCUGCUUGCAAACACAUUAAUGAUCCACAGAGACAUGUUAUGAGAAAUAGUAGCAGAGUGUGGGGCAAGUGUAGAAAAUGGCUAAUAGCCAGGUUUUUCUCUCUCCCAUGCCAGCUCUGGGAAAGAAAGUGGGAAAUGAAAAUUGUUUAUGUCUUGGUUCCUGCCACUGCUCUGUCUGCCUUUAUUCAGAGAACUGAGGCAGUCUUGGCUUCAGAGACUUUGCUGAGCAGAUUUGGCGGCUCGCUUGCAGGUCCUCAGUAAGUUCUCAAGGAAUAGAGUUCACCACCCAUAGCAACAGUGGUUCUCCCACCGUUUCCAGCCUGACGGAGAGAAGAGGGAAGCAGGAGACUGAGGGGGAGCAGGGGGGCCACAGACGCCUGAUAAAUGCAUCCCUGCCAAAAUUGUCAGAACGCUUUUCUUCUUUGACACAUUCUUUUCCCUAGGAAAAACGUCACAGAACAUUCACAUGUACAGUCAUAGCUAUCGUCGGGAGACCUCCGCCUCCCCUGCCUCUCUCAUGCUUACAAGGUGUUAGGGAAAAAGGGUCUUAUGCUAUUUUGAGGAAUAGAUCCUCAAGGAUCCAAUGAAAACGAUGAACUGUAUACUAAUAAAAAUACACAAAGAAAUCCAAACUCCUCAUAAACAUUUAAAGGAAGCUCUUGCAACUCCAAAAUGCACAAAGCUGUCAACAUUCUCACACACUCUAGGUGUGUCAGACUCUCACAGAGUGUGUGAGGUUGCAGUUCAUACAAUUCAACAUCAAAAAGAGAAAAGAACAACCCAAUUAAAAAAUAGGUUGUGACAGAGCCCCUGUUUGGCAGAACACAAUAAAAUUUUGUAAAGCGACAAUCUUUCAAUUAAAAAAUAAAGUGGCAAAAACCCCACACUCACAUACACACACAUGCACACACACAGUGUCUAAAAGAAUAAGCUGUGGAUCUGAGCAGAUAUUCUCCAAAGAAGACAUACAGAUGGCCAAUAGACCCAUGAAAAGACGCUCAGCAUCACUCAUGAUCAAGAAGAUGCACAUCAAAACCAUGAGAGAUCACCUCACACCUGUCAAAACGGCUAUUAUCAAAAAGUUAACAGUUUUGGUGAGGAUAUGGAGAAAAUGGAAUCCUCAUGUACUGUUGGUGGGAAUGUAAAUUAGUAUAGCCAAAAUGGAAAACAGUAUGGAGGUUUCUCAAAGAAUUAAAAAUGGAACUACUAUACAAUCCAGCAAUUCCACUUUUGGGUAU